AUGGCAAGAAGCUCUCCUAUUCAAGAUUAUGGAGCUUUUGUUGAGAAAUUCACUCUGUUGCCCAAACAUAGUUCUUCUCAUCAACUUGCCUUAACUGGCCUUACCUUUGCUGUCAAAGACAUAUUUGAUGUAGAGGGUUGUGUGACUGGUUUUGGAAAUCCCGACUGGGCAAGAACACAUUCGGUAGCAAAAUCGACUGCGGAGGCUGUCCGGUUAAUGCUCGAGGCCGGGGCAACUUGUGUUGGUAAAACUGUCAUGGAUGAAAUGGCUUACAGCAUAAAUGGAGAAAAUGUACAUUAUGGGACACCAACAAAUCCGUGUGCAGCAGAUCGUGUGCCGGGUGGAUCCUCGAGUGGAUCUGCAGUUGCAGUUGGCGCCAUGCUUGCCGAUUUCUCCUUAGGCACUGACACUGGAGGAAGCGUAAGAGUUCCGGCAUCAUAUUGUAGAAUUCUCGGUUUUCGCCCGUCUCACGGAGAAGUUUCGACUGAUGGAGUUAUUCCUAUGGCACAGAGUUUUGAUACUGUUGGUUGGUUUGCAAGAGAUCCAUCGAUAUUGAAGCAAGUCGGCAAAAUUCUAUUGCGAUUGCAAGAUGAUAUUCCAGCUGCUAAACUCGGUCAGCUUAUUAUCGCGCAAGAUUGUUUCAAUCUUCUAAGCAUUCCUCCCGAACCAUUCAUAGACAUUCUCGUUGCUUCAGUUGGGAAAUUAUAUGGAAGCGAGAAAAUAGAGUUUACGAAUCUGGGGGACUUUGUCGAGACCAAAGUCCCAAGUCUGAAGCAUUUUAUGGGUGAUUUUACUAAACGAGAAGACAACAAUAUACCGUCCCUAACAGCACUUUCUACCGCCAUGCGAUUACUUCAAAGGUACGAGUUCAAGAACAAUCACGGUGAAUGGGUUCAUACAGUGAAGCCUGAUUUAGGCCCAGGAAUUUCAGAACGAGUACAGGAAGCACUUAGGACGACAGAUGAAAACACAGAUAUAUGCUAUCUGUUGAGGAAUGAGCUUCGUGAGGCUCUCAGUGAUCUAUUGGGGGAUUUUGGCAUCCUAGCUUUGCCUAUAGUUCCAGGGCAUCCACCAAAGCUGCAAACUAAUCCGACAACUUUGGAAGACUUUCGUGCCAAAGCCUUUAGUUUGUUAUCUGUAGCUGGUGUAUCUGGAUUUUGCCAGGUGAGCAUACCACUGGGAAUGCAAGAAGGGCUCCCGGUUUCGAUUUCUUUGAUGGCAAAACAUGGCUCGGAUGGAUUCUUGCUCGGUUUUGUAGAGGCCCUUUAUACGACUCUCAAGGACCAGAGCACAUUUUCUUAA